AUGGCCUUUCCCGUCCCAUUUCAGCUAUUGAUCGUCCUAAUCGGGCUGCUUUUGACCUGCGGGCCCUCCCUCGCACUCGACCGCGUCGCAUGCCAGGCUGCUACUCCAGAUCCUCUCACAGGCUGUCCUUCAGGAACCCUCCUCGUUGGGCCGGACUCGAGCGGCGCAUCCUUCAGCUCUGUUCAGUCCGCGAUCCUUAGCAUUCCGAACGACACCACGCCGUACACGAUCCUCAUCCUCCCCGGCACCUACACCGAGCAGCUCAAUGUGACGCGGCGCGGACCGCUCACGCUCCUGGGACAAACGGACGUGCCGACGAACCAGUCAAGCAAUUCGGUCGCGAUCGCUUGGGCAGCGGUUGCGGGCACGGGCGAUAAUGCGUACACGAGCACGUUGACCGUUGCGCCAACGCUAAACGCGAGCUUGACGGGCGCGGGGCCGGACGGCAAUCCUGUGCCACCUGGGACACCGUUCGGGUGUACGGACUUUCGAGCGUACAAUAUCGACUUUGUCAACGACUAUGCGCCAUACUCGGACGAUCCGAGCCUCGCAAUCAGUAUAAGCUACGCCAAUAGCGGGUUCUACUACUGUGGCUUCUACAGCUAUCAAGACACCAUAUACAUCGGGAAGCUAGGCAACGCGUACAUAUAUUCUAGUACGAUCGCUGGGCAGACUGACUUUCUCUAUGGAUUUGGAACGCUCUGGGUACAAUCCUCCCUGCUGAGCUUGCGCAGCUGCGGCGGCGGCAUCACGGCAUGGAAGGGCACCAACACGACGUUCGAAAACAUGUAUGGGGUCUACAUUCAUGACUCAGCUGUGCUUCCCGAAAAUGCCACCGUUGCAGAGGAACAAGUCGGACAAUGCGCGCUGGGCAGACCAUGGAAUGCGCAGGAUCGCUCGCUGUUUGCGCACACGUAUCUCUCUGCUGAGAUCCGUGCGUCCGGCUACAUCCCGUGGGAGGGCGCGGAUCGCAUCAAUUUCAAUACUACCAUGGCCGAAUAUAAGACGUACGGCCCGGGGUUCAAUUUUACCGGGCGCAUGGACGCGGGAAUCGAGUUCAACACGACGCAGGGUCCGCUCACUGAACACCCGAUACUCACGGAGGAAGAGUACGUCACCGGGGGUUAUAGUAGCUUAGAGACUGUCUUCCAAGACGAAAAGGGUACCUUUGGUUGCACAAGCUGGAUCGAUAGAACACCUUGGCUUUAG